AUGGUAUUUAAAUUCGGCCUCGGCGGCGAGCAGGAGCCUGCCAUUGACGAUGUGCACGCUCAGCAGGCUCGUCGGCCAUCAGCUGCUGAUGCUAAGGCGCUCCAAACCCGUCGCAAGAGCGUCAGUGACAAGGCGCUCACCGGUGCCUCGAUGAUCACAACCCGUCAAUCCAUUGUUCCAGUCUCACUCGUAACGCUGCUCUUCUUCCUGUGGGGUUUCGCGUACGGUCUCCUGGACGUCUUGAACUCGCGUUUCCAGGUCGCUUUGAAUAUCUCUCAGGGAGAGAGCUCUGGUCUGCAGGGUGCCUACUUCGGCGCAUACUUCAUUGGCCCGUUGACGUACUCCGGCUGGUUUGUGAGGAAAUUCGGCUAUCGCUAUACUUUCAUGCUCGGCCUCAGCAUCUACUGCGUCGGUGCCCUCAUGUUCUGGCCAUCAGCCGUCAAGCGUUCCUUCGGAGGAUUCUGCGGCUCCAUGUUCAUUGUCGGCUCCGGCUUGUCCACGCUGGAGACGUCAGCAAACCCGUACAUUGCAGUUUGCGGUCCGCCAAGAUGGAGCGAGUUCCGUCUGGAGCUGUCGCAGUCUUUCCAGGCCGUGGGUAGUGUUGUGGCGCCUGUCUUGGCUUCAUACGUUAUCUUCAAGAACGUUGGUACCGACGGAAAAGACUUGUCAAGCGUACAGUGGGUGUAUCUCGGGAUUGCCAUCUUUGUCGCCGCCCUGGCUGUUGUUUUCUACUUCGCUCCGAUUCCCGAAAUUACAGACGCCGAUAUGGCCGAUCAGGCCGAGAUGAUCUCAAGCGACAGUGGUUACAAGGACAAGCCGCUGCGAAAGCAGUAUAUCCUUUUCUAUGGUGUCGCUGCCCAGUUCUGCUACGUCGGCGCCCAAGUCGGUAUUGCGGCCUAUUUCAUCAACUACUUCACCCAAGCCCGUCCCGAUCAAACCCACGGAGGCACCGCGGAAGAGAUCAAUAGGUCGCAUCAGCAAGGCUCAAACUUCUACGCUAUCGGCCAGGGCCUGUUCGCCAUCGGCCGUUUCGCCGGUGCCGGGCUGAUGUACAUCACGAAGCCGCGCUGGGUCCUUCUCCUCUUCCAGACCAUGAUCAUGAUCUUCCUUGCUGCUGCUAUCGGCGUUGAUACCGGCCAUGGAGAGCGUGCCAAUUGGGGAGGCAUUGCCAUGUUGAUGAUCGUCCUCUUCUUCGAGUCUGCCAUCUUCCCGACCAUCUUCACGCUCUCGCUACGUGGCCUGGGUCGUCACACCAAGCGUGGCGCUUCCUUCCUCGUCGCUUCCGUCUGCGGUGGCGCCGUCGUUCCGGCUAUCCUGGGCAACGUUGCGGAUAGGACCGGCACGAGAAAGGCUAUGGUCGUGCCGCUCGCCUUCUUCGUCAUUGCGUGGAGCUUCCCCAUUUACCUCAACGUUUUCAAGGCGAAGGAGCUCGAUGCGUUCACCGACUCGACCGUCGGCUUGAAGGAGGGCCAGGUCGACAGUAACAGCAGGAUUGGCAGUAUCGCGCUGGAGAAGGGCCAGGGCCUGGCAGUCUCCCAGAGCGAGAAAUACUGA